UCUUAAUUUCAGGGUUUGUUUAGAAACUUUGGAGACACCUUCUUGCCUAAUUUUAUAAGCCAUUUGCAGAAGAAAGUUGCAGAUCCACAAGAAAGUUCUCAGCGGUGUGCAUCUGAGGUUAUUGCUGGAUUAUUGCGGGGAAGUAAACAUUGGAACUUUCAAAAGAUGCAGUCUCUGAAGAAAGAGCUUCAACCAAUAUUAAGAACUAUGUUGAGCAACAUCACACCAGAUACAGUCUAUGACUGGGGAGUAUCUCUUGCUACUGCUUCAGACAGUCGUGAUCCAAACAAGUAUCAUUGGUUGAUUGAGUUACUCAUGGAAGAUCCACUGAAAGGAGAGGGUGCAUCUUUUCUAGAAGCGAGCCAAUUGUAUCUCUUACUCGGCUACAUUAGCCAACAAGAGUGGAGGGUAUUUGAAGUACUGCAUAGGGUUUUGGUAUAUCUUCGUCCACAUUUAACUCAUGACUUCCAAAAUGUCCGUGACAGGAUAGCCAGGUGAGUCAUCUGCAAGUGUUCAAG